GAUAAGGAUGUCGACAUCUGGGAACCGAUAUGGAGCGAGGUAGCGAGGCUGACCACUCCAACGGGGCCAUUGCCAUUGCCCGCUACGGCACGCUUCCAGUUGCUCCCACGCUAGACCAAGUAUGACGGUAGAGUCAUUAUCCGUCAAUGAUCCCCUGCUUGGAGUGCCGCUCUGCCGCUACAAGUGCUACACAACAUUUUUGCUCUCUGCGGCAGGGCACAUUCAACACCGCCAAGUAUUUGCACUUUUGCGGCCGUCAACCGUCCUUGCGAUGCCUGCUUGCAGCUGCCGUAUAGACGUUGAGACUCGUUGGCAGAUCACGUUGGGUCAUCUUCAUGGAACACACAUGCCCAGCCCAAGCCAGCCAGCCAGCCCACCAUGCCGACAUGCCUACCAAUCCCACCACCAAAUCGGGAACAAGAUCUCUGUAAUUAGGGUGCAUUCACAGCGUACCACAGCAGCCCGCUCAGAUUCGUCACUGGCCACUCCAAAAAGAGAGAGCGUCUUCCCCGCCGCCAACCUUUCCAGAGCAAUCGGCCAAAUAAUAUAGCGUCCCGGAAGACGGUGUUAGUUAGUCCCCGUGCGGGCUUGCAGCUUGCGGG